AUUCAAGACAUUACCAUAGAAGAAGUUGACAACAAAGAAACUAAGUCAGCAAAAGAUGCCUUACUUCUUUGGUGUCAAAUGAAAACUGCAGGUUAUUAUAAUGUCAACGUUAGAAAUUUUACCACAUCAUGGAGAGAUGGACUGGCAUUUAAUGCUAUAAUACAUAAACAUCGUCCAGAUUUACUUCAGUUUGAAAAACUAUCGAAAAGCAACGCAAUUCAUAAUUUAAAUAAUGCAUUUGAUAUUGCUGAAGAUAAACUUGGUCUUGCAAAAUUACUUGACGCAGAGGACGUUUUCGUUGAACAUCCAGAUGAGAAAUCAAUUAUAACUUAUGUAGUUACUUAUUACCACUACUUCAGCAAACUUAAACAAGAAACUGUUCAGGGAAAACGUAUUGGAAAAGUAGUGGGAAUAGCAAUGGAAAAUGAUAAAAUGAUUCAAGAUUAUGAAAAUUUUACCAGUGAUCUUUUAAAGUGGAUUGAAACUACAAUUGAUACACUUGGCGAACGUGAUUUUGUGAAUUCUCUAGUUGGUGUACAAGGACAACUCGCACAGUUUUCUAAUUACCGAACUAUUGAAAAACCACCUAAAUUUGUUGAAAAAGGAAAUUUAGAAGUCCUACUAUUUACAUUACAAUCAAAAAUGCGUGCAAAUAACCAAAAACCUUACACACCCAAAGAGGGCAAAAUGAUUUCUGAUAUUAAUAAAGCUUGGGAGCGUUUAGAAAAAUCUGAACAUGAACGUGAAUUAGCUCUUCGAGAAGAAUUAAUUCGACAAGAAAAGUUAGAACAGCUUGCAGCACGUUUCGAUCGUAAAGCCUCAAUGCGUGAAACUUGGUUAUCCGAAAAUCAAAGACUUGUCAGUCAAGACAACUUUGGGUUUGAUCUUGCAGCAGUUGAAGCUGCAGCUAAAAAACAUGAAGCUAUUGAAACAGAUAUAUUUGCCUACGAAGAACGAGUACAAGCUGUUGUAGCUGUUUGCGAUGAGUUGGAAUCAGAACGCUAUCAUGACGUCAAACGUAUAUUACUUCGUAAAGAGAAUGUGAUGCGGUUAUGGAAUUAUUUAUUAGAAUUACUUAGAGCACGAAGAAUGCGCUUAGAAAUUUCUUUACAAUUACAACAGAACUUUCAAGAAAUGUUGUAUAUUUUGGAUAAUAUGGAGGAAAUCAAGCAAUUACUUUUAACCGACGAUUAUGGCAAACAUUUGAUGGGUGUGGAAGAUCUGCUUCAAAAGCACUCACUUGUUGAAGCUGAUAUCAACAUUCUUGGUGAACGUGUCAAAGUUGUUGUUCAAAAUUCGCAAAAAUUCCUUAGUGAUGACAUAGAAUCAUAUAAACCUUGCGAUCCUGAUAUCAUUGUGAGUCGUGUACAGCAGCUAGAAGAUGCAUAUGCUGAGCUUGUACGUUUAGCAGUUGAACGUCGAAGUCGAUUAGAAGAAAGUAGAAAACUAUGGCAGUUCUAUUGGGACACAGCAGAUGAAGAAAACUGGAUUAAAGAAAAGGAACAAAUUAUGUCAACGGACGAAAUUGGACAUGAUUUAACUACUGUUAAUUUACUUUUAAGUAAACAUAAAGCUUUGGAGUCGGAAAUAACUUCACAUGAUUCUCAACUUCAAAAUGUAGCAAAGAUUGGCGCAGAAUUAAUAACCGAAGGACAUUUUGGAGCAGAUCGUAUUAAAGAUCGUUUAAAAGAAAUUUUAUCUAAGUGGGAUCACUUAUUAGAUAUUACGAAGUAUAGACGACAGCGGCUGGAAAAUGCCGUCGAAUAUUUUCAAUUAUUCGCAGAUGCCGAUGAUGCAGAUAAUUGGAUGUUAGAUACAUUAAGAAUUGUAUCAAGUGAAGAUAUUGGUCGAGAUGAGGCUAAUGUGCAAUCUUUAUUAAAGAAGCAUAAGGAGGUUGCAGAUGAACUUAAAAACUAUGAAGAAGUUGUAGACAUUCUUCACAAACAAGGCAAUUCAUUAAAAUUAAAUGAAACCGAAAAAGUAAAUGUAGAUAAACGUCUUUUAGCAAUAGAAACACGAUAUAAGGAACUAACUGAGUUAGCAAAGUUGCGAAAACAACGUCUUUUGGAUGCAUUAAGUCUCUAUAAACUUAUGUCGGAAGCUGAUGGUGUUGAACAAUGGAUUAGAGAAAAAACAAAAAUGCUUGAUACUAUGGUACCAGGUAAAGAUAUUGAAGAUGUUGAAAUUAUGAAGCAUCGGUUUGAAGGUUUUGAUAAAGAAAUGAAUGCUAACGCUUCACGAGUAGCAGUAGUAAAUCAAUUAGCUAGACAAUUGUUGCAUGUGGAGCAUCCAAAUUCAGAUGAAAUACUUGAGCGGCAGAAUCACCUCAAUCAGGAAUGGUCUUUAUUGCGCGAAAAAUCAGAAGCCAAAAUGGACGACCUUAAAGCCGCACAUGGGGUCCAAACAUUUUAUAUUGAGUGUCGUGAAACUAUUUCAUGGAUUGAAGAUAAAAAAAGAAUUCUUACUGAAACUGAUAGUUUAGAAAUGGAUUUAACUGGUGUUAUGACAUUGCAGAGACGUCUUAGUGGUAUGGAGAGAGAUUUAGCUGCAAUUCAAGCAAAAUUAUCAAGUCUUGGAAAGGAAGCUAAUGGUAUUGAAUCCGAUCAUCCUGAGGAAGCUCAAAUAAUUCGUGACAAAAUUGCGCAAAUCGAACUUAUUUGGGAACAAUUGACACAUAUGCUUAAAGAACGAGAUUCUAAACUUGAAGAAGCUGGAGAUUUACAUCGGUUCCUACGCGAUUUAGAUCAUUUUCAAACGUGGUUAACAAAAACACAAACCGAUGUAGCAUCAGAAGACACUCCUACAUCAUUACAAGAAGCCGAGAAAUUACUUAAUCAGCAUCAAUCUAUUAGGGAAGAAAUUGAUAACUAUACUGAAGAUUACAAAAAUAUGAUGGAAUAUGGUGAACGUUUGACAUCAGAAUCUAGCACAUCAGAUGAUCCACAAUACAUGUUUUUGCGGGAACGAUUAAAUGCGUUGAAAAAUGGGUGGGAGGAUUUGCAUCAAAUGUGGGAAAAUCGACAAGUUCUUUUAUCACAAAGUCUUGACCAACAAUUAUUCAAUCGCGAUGCUAGACAAACAGAAGUACUGCUUAGUCAACAGGAACAUUUUCUAAGCAAAGACGAUACACCUGUAAACUUAGAGCAAGCUGAAAAUCAACUAAAACGUCAUGAAGCUUUUCUUACAACUAUGGAAGCAAAUGAUGAUAAAUUAAAUACUUUAUUACAAGUAGCUGAUUCCUUGAUUGAAAAGGAGCAUUUUGAUUCAGAUAAGAUCGGUAAAAGGGCAGAAAAUAUUGGAAUUCGACGAGAUGACAAUCGUGAGCGUGCUUUAGACCAACAUGAGAAACUUAAAAACCAAGUUAAGCUCCAUGAAUUUUUACAAGAUUUAGAGGAACUGACCGAAUGGGUGCAAGAAAAAUAUGUUACUUCACAAGAUGAAACAUACCGAAGUGCUAAAACUAUACAUUCAAAAUGGACAAGACAUCAGGCAUUUGAAGCAGAGGUUUCUGCUAAUAAAGAACGAUUAUUUGAAGCAGAAAGAGCAGCUCAAGAACUAUCAAAAGAAAAACCUGAAUUUAAAGACGUUAUUGAGCCCAAACUUAUUGAACUUGCUAAACAAUUUGAUGACCUUGAGGUUCACACAAAAGAGAAAGGAGCCGUACUGUUCGAUGCAAAUCGUGAAGUCUUAGUACAACAAACAUGCGAUGAUAUCGAUUCAUAUAUUACAGAGCUUGAAAAGCAAAUUGUAAAUGCGGAUACUGGGAAUGAUUUGACUUCUGUUAAUAUUCUUAUGCAAAAACAACAAGUAAUUCAAACACAAAUGGCAGUUAAAGCACGUCAAGUUGAAGAAAUCGAUAAACAAACAGAAUAUUUGCAGAAAACAGUCCCGGAAGAAAAAAUUGAACCUAUUGUAGUAAAGAAAACAGCAGUUCUUGAGCGGUUUGAAAAAAUUAAAGCUCCUCUUGUUGAACACCAAAAACAGUUAGAAAAGAAAAAAGAAGCAUUUCAGUUUUGUCGCGAUAUUGAAGAUGAGAAACUUUGGAUUGAUGAGAAACUACCUGUGGCCAAUUCAAAGAAUUAUGGAAAUUCACUAUUUAAUGUGCAUGUCUUGAAAAAAAAGAAUCAAUCACUUUCUACAGAAAUUGAUAAUCAUGAACCAAGAAUAAUGUCCAUAUGUCAUAAUGGCAGAAAACUAAUCGAUGAAGGUCAUGAAGAUUCUAAGAAGUUUGAGAGUUUAAUUAGUGACUUAACACAAAAAUGGCAGGAACUUAAGGAUGCAAUUGAACAACGUAAGAAACAUUUGUUGGAGUCAGAAAAAGUACAACAAUACUUCUUUGAUGCACAAGAAGCUGAAUCUUGGAUGAGUGAAUUGGAAUUAUAUAUGAUGGUAGAGGACCGUGGUAAAGAUGAAAUUAGCGCGCAGAACUUAAUGAAAAAGCAUGAAAAUCUCGAACAGUCUGUAGAAGAUUACGCAAAUACUAUUCGUCAGCUGGGUGAACUUGCUCGUCAAUUCAAUGCAGAUGAUGUUUCUAGUGGCGAUGCUGUUGCAGUUAAACAGUCUCAACUAGAUAAACUGUAUGCCGGCCUAAAAGACCUUGCUGGAGAACGUCGAGCAAGAUUAAAUGAAGCUUUACAGUUAUUUAUGUUAAGCCGGGAAGUUGAUGACUUAGAACAAUGGAUAUCGGAUAGAGAAGUUGUGGCUGGAUCUCAGGAACUCGGUCAAGACUUUGACCAUGUUACACUGCUUUCAGAAAGAUUUAGUGAGUUUGCACGUGAUACUGAAUCGGUUGGAGGAGAACGAGUUGCGAAAGUUAAUACAAUUGCUGACAAUUUAAUAACUGCAGGACAUUCCGAUUCUGCAACUAUUGCAGAAUGGAAAGAUAAUUUGAAUGAAUCUUGGCAAGAUUUAUUAGAACUUAUAGAAACACGCACACAAAUGCUGGCUGCUUCUCGAGAAUUGCAUAAAUUUUUCCAUGACUGCAAAGAUAUAUUGGGUCGUAUUAUUGAAAAACAACAUGGUGUUUCAGAUGAAUUAGGUCGUGAUGCAGGCUCUGUAUCCACUCUCCAACGAAAACAUUAUAAUUUUAUGCAGGAUUUAAUGACACUGUACUCACAAGUACAACAAAUUCAAGAAGAAUCUGAAAAACUUCAAGAUUCAUAUGCUGGCGAUAAAGCAAAAGAGAUAACGAAUCGUGAGCAAGAAGUUUUACAUGCUUGGUCUAACUUACAAGCAAUGUGUGAUGCACGUAAACAAAAACUAGCCGAUACUGGGGAUUUAUUCAGAUUCUUUAAUAUGAUACGCAUUCUUAUGAUUUGGAUGGAGGAUCUUGUCCGACAAAUGAAUACAUCUGAAAAACCACGUGACGUUUCGGGUGUUGAACUUCUUAUGAAUAACCAUCAAAGCUUGAAAGCUGAAAUAGAUACGCGUGAAGAUAAUUUUGCAACUUGCAUAUCUCUUGGAAAAGAGUUGUUGACCCGAAAUCAUUAUGCAUCGGCAGAUAUUAAGGAUAGACUGUUGCAACUGAAUAACUGUCGAAAUGCAUUGUUAAGAAGAUGGGAAGAAAGAUGGGAAAAUUUGCAAUUAAUUUUGGAAGUUUAUCAAUUUGCUAGAGAUGCAGCUGUUGCUGAAGCUUGGCUAAUUGCGCAAGAACCGUAUUUAAUGUCUUCAGAAUUGGGUCAUACAAUUGAUGAAGUUGAAAAUUUAAUUAAAAAACAUGAAGCUUUCGAAAAGUCAGCUGCUGCACAGGAAGAACGCUUUAGUGCGCUUGAGCGUUUAACUACAUUUGAGCUGAAAGAAUUGAAAAGGCGUCAAGAGCUAGCUGAGAAACUUGAAAGUAAGAGAAUUAAGGAAGAGCUAGAAGCAAAAGCUGCAUCAGAAGCAGCAGAACAAGCUAGCCGCGAAGUAGAACGACGUGAUGUUGUCGAGCUGUCUACUACUGAAGAAAUACCUGUGGUCAUUGAUCAGUUAAAUGAAGUCGAGCGAGAUUCUGAAAUACAUGCAGAAUACUCAACAUCUUUAGUAGGAGAAGGACAGGAGGGGUAUCUUAUAAGAAAGCAUGAAUGGGAAUCAACAACAAAAAAAGCUUCAAACAGAUCAUGGGAUAAGUUGUAUAUUGUUGCCCGAGCUGGUCGUAUCUGUUUCUAUAAGGAUAUAAAAAGUUUCAAAAGUAAUCCUGAACUGACUUUCCGUGGUGAGCCAAGCUACGAAUUACAAGGAGCACAAGUUGAGAUUGCUAAUGAUUAUACUAAGAAAAAACAUGUUUUGAGAAUCAAAUUGUCCAAUGGAGCUGAAUUUUUAUUACAAGCUCAUGAUGAUAAUGAAAUGGUUUUAUGGGUAAAUUCUGUAAAGGCUCAAAGUGAAACUGGAACUGUUGCAGAAAGCAGGUCGCAAACAUUGCCAGCUAUUUCACAAAAGGAUGAACCAAAGCGAAGAUCUUUUUUUACUUUAAAAAAAAAAUAAGGCUAUAAUAUUUAUGCGAUCAUACAUAUAACAAUGAUAAUUUCAAGUUUUUAUGCUUUAUGCACGAUAAAUAUGCUAUAUUUAAAAUAACUUAUAUUUAUCUUUAUUUAAAACGAAACUAAAGUAUGCAUUUUAAUGUAUUCAAUAAAAUAAAAUAUUACUUAUAAAA